AUGUGGACCGGGAAGUGGUGGCACGCCGUACAGAGUCUCCUACCUACUGGCGCAGCGUUGGCCCCGGUCAUCAUCUCGACGGAUAAGACUCAGCUCACACAGUUCACAGGCAACAAAUUGGCUUACCCGGUGUAUAUGACCCUAGGCAACAUCCCGAAGGCUCUGCAACGUAAGCCCUCGGAACACACAUGCAUAGUGCAUUGCAGGGGUACGGCCAACCCGCGCGGGUCACGGGUACGGGUACUCGCGGGUAGGGGUCCGGGUAGCGAUUUCCGUACCCGCAUACCCGCCCUGCAGCCGUGUGGGUAUUGCCAAAAGAGGCAACCCCGCGAGCGCCCAAACUCGCGGGGAUGCCUCUGCUCCCUCUCCCUCUACCAGGUCGAUUCGUGCACGGCCUCAGGCACCGCAACACUGCGCAUGCGCGCGCGCGGCGAACUCCUAUGGCAAGGGCCCUGCGCGCAAACGCAACCGACGAACACCGCGGGCCUGGACGCAGCCACGAAGCGAUGCACUGGGCGUGGACGACGAAUGGACGGCGGGCGUAGAGGACGAGCGGACGGGCGAGGGCGAGGGCGAGGACGAGGACGAGUACCAGGUGAGUCCAGGCACCGCGAGUGGGCUUACUAA